AUGUAUAAAAAGGUGUACGUAAUCGACUGCAAGGGACACUUGCUUGGAAGGUUGGCCUCUAUAAUCGCCAAGGAGCUUCUGAACGGCCAGAGGGUAGUCGCAGUGAGGUGCGAAGAUAUCAACAUAUCAGGCAGCUUAUACAGGAACAGGCUAAAGUACCAGGAAUUUUUAAGGCUUCGAACGAACACGAACCCUAAAAAGGGACCUCUACAUUUGAGAGAGCCCUCGAAAAUUUUGUGGAGAUGUGUGAGGGGAAUGUUACCACACAAAACGUACAAGGGAAAAAUUGCCCUUAAGAAACUGAAGGUAUUCGUAGGCAUGCCAUACCCAUAUGAUAAAAAGAAAAAGUACGUUUUACCAAGUGCCUUAAGAGCAUUCAGAUUGAAGAAGCACAGAAGAUAUUGUCGACUUGGCACAUUAAGUUCAAGAGUGGGUUGGAAUUAUGAUGAGCUGGUAAAGAAAAAUGAAGUGUCCAGGAAAAAGCUGAGUAAAUUAUAUUAUAAAAAGAAAAUGAGUGUACUGAACGAGAAGAAAACUUUAAAGACGGAAGCCCUGAAUAUGAUCAACCCUGAGGAACGCAAGGUGUUGGAGAAUUUUGGAUACGCGUAG